AUGGUGAAGAGCGAGCCCUCCCCGCUGUAUACCAUUCUCUCUGAAAGGCGAAAAAGAUGGACUAUCACAAUCGCCUCAUUGGUGACAUUUCUGUCCCCUGUGUCAGCCAAUAUGUAUUAUCCCGCCAUAAACCAGUUGGCGCGCGACCUGCACGUGCCUCCUUCCAGAAUCAACUUGACUAUCACGGUUUUCAUGAUUGUCCAAGGAAUAGGGCCAUUUUUGAUCGGUGGUUUGUCAGAUGUAUAUGGUCGUCGACCAAUAGUGAUGGCCUCUCUCUUAAUCUAUAUGGGAGUGAACAUUGGUCUAGCCCAACAGACGAGCUACCCCGCCUUGAUGGCUCUACGCUGUCUACAAAGUUUUGGUAGCAGUACGGCAUCGAUAGUCUGCAGCUCUGUUACGGCGGAUCUGAUACCUCGGGCGGAGCGUGGACGGUACAUGGUCUAUUCAUCACUAGGUGUGACACUGGGACCCGCCAUUGGUCCUAUCGUGGGUGGUAUUCUGACGCAAUUUCUCAGCUGGCGGAGCACUUUCUGGUUUCUUGCCAUUUUUGCCGGCAUUAUGACUACCCUUGUACUUGUAUUUCUGCCGGAGACCUGCCGCGUGAUGGUAGGAAAUGGCUCUGUUUCACCUCCAUGGUGGAAUGUGCCGCUAGUCCAAUAUCUUCAUCGCAAGGCCGAGGAUCAUGAAUCUAUGCGUUCACAGAUUCAGAAUGAGGAGAAAUCACCUCCACCUAAACGACCAACCCCACUGGACAGCAUCAGAGUGGCUAUGGAGAAAGAAACCGCUGCCAUUAUCGCCUUCACGACACUGUUGUUCUGUGGAUAUACAUCUGUGUUGAGCACUCUUCCGUCCCAGCUUGAGCAUAAAUACCGCUUCAAUGCUCUACAAGUCGGAUUAUGCUACAUUUCUUACGGGGCAGGGAGUCUCACAUCCCGUUGGACAAUCGGAAGACUCAUUGACUGGAACUUUCGGCGCCACGCGAGAAAGCAAGGCAUCGAAGUCAUCAAAAAUCGCCAGGUGGACCUAACACUUGUGCCGGUAGAGAAAGCACGCCUGCAAAUCACCUUUCCAGUGAUAUACUGUGUUUCGGUGGCGAUUAUCGGCUACGGAUGGCUAAUGAACUAUCAAGUCAACCUUGCCGGCCCACUUAUCAUGCUCUUCCUUGUGUCGCAUUUGAUCUCCGGAGCAACUAGUACUCUGAUUACCCUUGUCGUUGAUUGCCAUGUCCGUCGACCGGCUACUGCUUCUGCAGCAAACAAUAUGUUUCGAUGUAUGUUUGGCGCUGGUGCAGUGGCGGGAGCUAUUCCGUUGAUCAAUCUGAUUGGGAUUGGAUGGACAGGGACGAUGAUUGCUUUCAUAUGGGUCUUAUGCAGUCCAACGCUAUGGUAUGUUUAUUUUUGGGGUCAUAGUUUCCGCAAGGGGAAGGAGGAAUAUAUGAUCUAA